CUAUCAACCGUGUUCCCGACGUCAUAUAUAAAUGUCCCACUGACUCCUGUCGAGGAUGUUUUUGUAGUUGCUUCGCUGCUGUCUCCUUCAACAACAAAGAAAAGGGCUCCCACAGAAGGUGAGGACAUGUUUAAGCCGGUCAUCUCCGUCCUGCUCGGCCUGAGUCUCGGGCUGGUGUCUGCAUUCCCCUCCCAGGACCCGGACGAUAAUGGGAAGAACUGGGUGGUUAUCGUAGCUGGUUCCAAUGGCUGGUACAACUACAGGCACCAGGCUGAUGCCUGCCAUGCCUAUCAGAUCGUCCACAAGAAUGGCAUCCCGGAUGAGCAGAUUGUGGUCAUGAUGUAUGAUGACUUGGCACAGAAUGAGGAAAACCCCACCCCUGGGAUAGUGAUCAAUAGACCUAAUGGCACCGAUGUGUACAAGGGAGUCCCUAAAGACUACACCGGGGAUGAUGUGACCCCAGAAAACUUCCUGGCAGUGCUGAAGGGUGACUCAGCAAGCGUCAAAGGUGGCUCUGGGAAAGUGUUGAAGAGCGGCCCCAACGAUCACGUGUUUGUGUACUUUACCGACCACGGAGCGCCUGGUAUUCUGGCCUUUCCCAAUGACGAUCUCAACGUUGCCGACCUCCAAGAUGCCAUUAAAUACAUGCACGAAAACAAGAAAUACAAAAGGAUGGUGUUCUACAUCGAGGCUUGUGAGUCCGGGUCAAUGAUGAACCACCUGCCUGCUGACAUUGAUGUGUACGCCACCACAGCCGCCAACUCACAUGAGUCCUCUUACGCCUGCUACUAUGACGAGAAGAGGGACACUUACCUGGGAGACUGGUACAGCGUGAACUGGAUGGAGGACUCUGAUGUGGAGGACCUGAAGAAGGAAACUUUGGCAAAGCAGUUCAAGAUCGUUAAGAGCCACACAAACACCAGCCACGUCCAGCAGUACGGAAACAAGACAAUGGCCCACAUGAAGGUCAUAGCGUUUCAGGGUGACUCCAAAUCCAACAGCCAACCCGCUCCAAUGAAGCUGCAGCCAGUUAGAAAUCCAGAUCUGACCCCGAGCCCCGAUGUCCCUCUGGCCAUCCUCAAGAGGAAGAUGAUGUCGUCCAACGAUAUCAGAGUUGCAAGAGGGCUGCUGAUGGAGAUCAACGCCCACCUCAAGGUCAGGGAGAUGAUGGCCGACACGAUGCGCCAGGUGGUCGAGAGAGUGACCGGCAACAAGCUCAAGAGCGAGGAGGUUCUCAACGAAAGAGCCGAACUCUCCGAGCAUCAGUGCUACAAGGCUGCGCUGACCCACUACAAAUACAACUGCUUCAACUGGCACAGAACUGAGUAUGAAUACGCUCUGAGACAUCUGUACGCUCUGGUGAACCUGUGUGAGAGAGGAUACUCUGCAGCCAGCAUCCAGCUUGCCAUGGACUCUGUGUGCCGUUUGAGGAAGUAAAAAGGGUUUCUAGAAAUCCAUUAAGGUCCGCUAUCAAACUGCUUCCUCCGUGUGGAAAGUCGUGAGAAGACGGAGCAUCUCUUUGCACUGCUUUGGAAUCAAUCUGACGUGGAUUUGACGUUAUUGUUUUAUCAACACUCUAACACUUCUUUUUUUUAACUUGUGAUAUGUUUUUGAUUUUACUGAGAACUUUUAAACCUGUUUUAUGAUGAUGAGUUGCACUAUCACUGUGAAAGAUUUGUGAAUGAUAUUUCACGGCUUCUGAUUUUUCUUAGAGCAUAAGAUACAAACCAUUAUAACUUGUGUAAAUUUGUUUUGCUCUUAGCUUUAUUAGUGGUGUGGACAGCCUGGCAUGAAUGUUUGACAUGGAAAGGACCCACUGAAUGUUUGUUGAACCUAAAGAAACUGUGUUGUAACACAGGGAUCUUGAAAUAAAUAUGAUGAACCAAAA